UUCGCUGGGCCCGGCCCGGCGGCAGGCCGUCGUGUCCAUCGCCGAACCUAACGGGCUGCCGCUCCUUCCCACGCCUCCAGCUACCGGAGACAACGCGGCGGCUCUCUGUCCCAAGCCGCAGCUGUUGCAUCAUGAUGUCGAGCCUGUUUUCGUUCGGUCCGCGUCCCUCGUGGCUUCGUCUUGCAUCGCUACCCCCGGCCGAAAGUCACUGCCGAGACGAAUCACCAAUCGUCGGCCGAAUCACCGCCGCGUGCACCUUGCCUAACCACCACCGUGGCCAUCCUUUGCCAGGGAGCACCGUACCGGUCAUCCGUCGAGCCGAUUCCGAUGAAGUCCAUCCUGUGAAUUUAGUAUAUUCCCGAGGAUCUCCGUCUUCAUCUCUGUGUGCUCGGCCGCGGAAGCAUUCCAAAAACCUCAGCUCACUUCCUAGCCAGGCCACGCCACACCAAGUUACCAACCUUUUUUUCUCUUCUGGGGGGAGAGAGAGAGGCCUGGAAGUAAUACGCUUCCCAGAUAUGGCACACUCGGAGGCCAGAGCAUCAGAAGUUCAGUACGAUGUGUUCUUGAGUUUUAGUGGAGCGGAUACUCGUUUUGACUUCACGGACUUCCUCAAUAGAGACUUGAAUAAUGCCGGAAUCUGCGUAUUCAUGGACGAAGAUGCAAUGGAGGUGGGUGAUAAGAUUGGUGAGACAAUUCUACAAGCUAUCGACAACUCCAAAAUCUACAUACCCAUCAUCUCUCAAACUUAUCCUGACCGUGAAUGGUGUCUCAUCGAGCUUGAACACAUGAUGUACAAUGUGUUUAGGUCAAAUGGCAAAAAAAGGAUUUUUCCCAUCUUUUAUAAAGUAAUCUUUCCUCCGAAGAGGCUCUUGCAAAGGUUGGUCAAAUCAAGGGAUGGAAGGGCGAGGAGGGACAAAGGUAAAACUACCUUUAAGAUGCCUGCGUAAUUCUUCCUUUUUUGGUUUUUAUUUUAGGGGAUAAAACAUUGCCCUAUCAAAUCAUUUAUUUUCUUCUUCUUUUUUAAAUGGAAAAUUUCGAUAACCACUUCCAACUUCAAGUGCUACUCCUAUUGAACUUUACAACCUCUACUCGAGACAUCUUCCCUAAUAUUUCAGUUGUUACAGCCACUGCUGGCGCUAAGGAACUUGUUACAGGUUUUGGGGUUAUAUAAUCUGUCUGCCCCA